UGCUCCUAGUGUGAGACAGUGUGAGCUUGUGUCUCCAAACCAUAAUGCCAAGUCUCCGUUUGCCAUCAUUCACUUUGCCAAAUCCUGGCUUGGAAGAUAGAAUUCCUUCUUAUGAUGAGCUCGAGAAGAGAGAAAUAGAAGAGGUGGAUGAUCGACCCAAAUGGGACAACAAAGCUCAGUACUUGUUAACAUGUGUUGGUUUUUGCGUGGGAUUAGGAAAUGUGUGGCGUUUCCCCUAUCUCUGUCAAAGCCAUGGAGGAGGUGCAUUCAUGAUUCCAUUCCUCAUUCUCUUGGUGCUCGAGGGUAUCCCACUGUUGCAUCUGGAGUUUGCCAUUGGUCAGCGAAUGCGGAAGGGCAGUGUGGGGGCCUGGAGUUCUAUCCAUCCUUACUUGAAAGGAGUCGGUAUAGCAUCAAUGCUGGUUUCAUUCUUGGUGGGCUUAUAUUACAACAGCAUAAUUGCAUUGGUUCUAUGGUAUAUCUUUAACUCAUUCCAAGAGCCAUUACCUUGGAGCGACUGCCCGCUAACACCCAACGGAACAGGAUAUGUGGAUGAAUGUGCCAAGAGCUCUCCAGUAGAUUAUUACUGGUACAGAGAAACAUUAAACAUUUCUACCAGUGUCAAUGAUUCGGGUACUAUCCAGUGGUGGCUACUACUUAGUCUUAUCUGUGCUUGGUCUGUGCUGUAUGUAUGCACAAUCAGAGGCAUUGAAACAACUGGCAAGGCUGUAUACAUUACUUCUACUAUGCCUUAUCUGAUACUUACAAUCUUCCUGAUACGAGGCCUGACAUUGAAAGGAUCUGUUGAUGGAAUAAUAUUUCUCUUUACACCAGAUGUGAAAGAGUUGUCGGAUCCAACCACCUGGUUGGAUGCUGGAGCCCAAGUAUUUUAUUCCUUCUCCUUAGCUUUUGGAGGACUUAUAUCCUUCUCCAGUUACAAUUCCGUUCACAACAACUGUGAGCGAGAUGCUGUGCUAAUCUCCAUCAUCAAUGGUUUCACAUCAGUGUAUGCAGCCACAGUAAUCUAUUCCAUAAUUGGCUUCCGAGCAACAGAGCAAUUUGAUACCUGUUUUGAUAAUAAUAUCAUGAGUUUGACCAAUACAUUUGAUCUAACUGAACUAGAAUUGACGCGAGCAAACUAUACAGAAGUACUUCAGAACUUAAACAGUAGUUUCCCGCAAAAGAUAGCUGAGUUGGAUUUGAAAGACUGUGACCUGCAGGCAUUGCUGCGCCAGGGGGUUGAAGGCACUGGAUUGGCCUUCAUUGUCUUUACAGAAGCUAUUACGAAAAUGCCUGCCUCUUUUAUAUGGUCCAUCGCUUUCUUUUUUAUGUUAUUCUGUCUUGGACUUUCUUCAAUGUUUGGGAAUAUAGAAGGUGUGUUGGUUCCACUGGAUGACUUAAAGAUCUUGCCAAAAAAGUGUCCCAAGGAACUUGUAACUGGCCUCAUUUGUCUGGUGUGCUUUCUAAUUGCUUUCAUCUUUAUCUUAAACUCUGGUAAUUAUUGGCUGGCUUUGUUUGAUGCCUACGCUGGCUCCAUCCCUCUACUGAUCAUUGCCUUCUGUGAGAUGGUGGGUGUUGUCUACAUCUAUGGCAUUGACAGAUUCAACAAUGAUAUUGAAUGGAUGAUUGGUCACAAGCCAAAUAUCUUCUGGCAACUUACCUGGAGAUAUAUUAGCCCCCUCAUAAUGCUGGUUAUAUUCAUCUUUUAUUUUGUAAUAAAAGUGACUACCAAUCUGACAUACAUCACUUGGGACCCAUCUUAUAAAUACUUCCCUCAGCUUUCUGAGCAGCAUUAUCCUGGUUGGGUGACAGUGAUCAUUGUAAUUCUAGCUGGAGUGCCCAGUUUAUGCAUACCCGGUAUAGCCAUCUGCAUGUUCAUCAGAAACAAAUGCAGGAAGAAGGAUGACAAGAAAGCCCUGGUCCAGGCAACAUCUAUGGCCUCAGUGAAUGGAAUAGCGAAUAAUGAUGUGUAACAGAACUCUGCUGAGCCACGGUGGCAACUUGCACUGCUCAUUUUGGGCAAACAUUCACUUCAAACAAACAAAGCACAGGACGAUGCUGGAAUAUCUAAAUUUGUUCUAAUUUCUUAUUUUGAUAAACAUUGGUGUGUUGUUUAUACAUUGCAAAGGUUUGGUGUUGACGCAGUGAUUAUAUUACUACAGACUAUCGAUCCAGAAGUUAGGACUACCUGUCCUGUGUUCUGAGUGCAAAUCCCACCACAUCAGCUGUGGAAUUUAAAUUUAGUUUAUAAUCUGGAAUGAUGAUCACAAACCUUUUGGAUUUUCAUAAAGACUUACCUGCUUCACAAUUAUUCUUUAGGGAGGAAAUCUUCCAGUUCUUAUCUGGUCUUACAAGUCAAUCCAGUGUGGCUGACUCUUAAAUGAAGUGCCCAGCAAGACACUCAAAUGUAAUGCAUUUUGGGAUGGGCAAUGCAUAGUAGCCUGAAAAUAAGAAUAAAUAAUAAAAAAGGCACACAGCUAAUACAUAGUUUAAAAUAAUGUUCAUUGUUUAUGUAUGGCUUAAAGGGGAAUUAUGUCAGAAUCUGAACAUAGAACAUAGGAGAUAGAACAUUACAGCACAGUACAGGCCCUUUGGCCCACGAUGUUGUGCCGACAUUUUAUCCUGCUCUAAGAUCUAUCUAACCCUUCCCUCCCACAUAGCCUCCAUUUUUCUAUCAUUCAUGUGGCUAUCUAAGAUUCUCUUAAAUGUCCCUCAUGCCGGCAGCUGUGCUGGCAGUGCGUUCCACACACCCACCAAUCUCUGGGUAAAAAAUUAUCUUUGACAUUCCCCUUAUACCUUCCUCCAAUCACCUUAAAAUUAUGCCCCCUUGUAUGAGCAAUUUUCGCACUGGGAAAGAUUCUCUGACUGUCCACUCAAUUUAUGCCUCUUAUCAUCUUUUACACCUCUAUCAAGUCACCUCUCAUCCUCAUUCACUCCAAAGAGGAAAGCCCUAGCUCACUCAACCUAUUCUCAUAAGACAUGCUCUCCAAUCCAGGCAGCAUCCUAGUAAAUCUCCUCUGCACCCUCUCUAAAGCUUCCACAUCCUUCCUAUAAUGAGGUGACCAGAACUAAAAACAAUACUCCAAGAGUGGUCUAACUAGAGUUUUAUAGAGCUACAACAUUACCUGGCGGCUCUUGAACUCAAUACCCCAACUAAUGAAGGCCAACACACCAUACACCUUCUUAACAACCCUAUCAACCUGUGCGUCAACUUUGGGGGAUUUAUGGAUGUAGACCCCAAGGUUACCUUGUUCCUCCACGCUGCAAAGAGUCCUGCCACAAGUUUUUGAAGUCCUGAAGUUAAAUGCUCUGAAGGGUUUUGUUAUGCCAUUCAUGAAAUAGAUACCUAUAUUGUCAUUUAAAAUCCACAGACAGUCACUUUAUGCUUGAAGUAGUUACUUUACACCAUCAUCUGUAUUUUUUUGGGUUUCAACAUCUACUGGCUAUAAAUUCAGUGUUAAUAAAUAAACAUUGUUUAAAAUUUUUGCUGCUUCCAAGGUCACCGUGGAGAUCAUUCCUGUCUUACAAUGACAAUUAAUAGAGGUAAAGAUGUUACCUAUUUCUGUACCUCUCCAGAUCCAUUGCUUUCAGGGGAAAUAAUUUUCAAUACGAGUAAAAAUAAUUAUGUUCACUGUUUAAUUUCCUGUUCCCUCAUUCUACUAACUUGAUAUGAGGCGAUGAGAAGUUUUUUUGGUAAUCAGCUCAGUCAAACAUCUGUGAGGGUAGACAGUUGUUUAAGAUAUAUUGUAAGUGAUCAGUAAAAGUGAUAUUAUGUCACAAAAACCAAAUUCUGCAGUUGAUGGUAAUCAUCUGUAGGCAGAGAGACAGAAUUAAAGUUUCAAGUCGACGAACUUUCACUGCUGAUAAUUUUGUGAUUUUAUGUCAGCUACCCUGAGCAACAGUGAUUUGCCAUUAAUUUAAUGAGACAAUGUUAAGUACCAAUAUAGUGCCUCAGCUUAAUAUUAAAUCACAUAACAUAAUCUACACUAGAAGAGUACCACCUUAUUUCUGAAAAUGCUGUACUCUUCUCACAGUCCAGCGAUACGGAUCUGUUUUUAUCAUUGGGCACUUAAAUCUAUUCGUUUUCAUAGAAAACAGCAGAUAUGGAGACACAGCAUGAUAUUUUUGUAACUCUAUGUCACAACCUUUUGUAAGUGGGUACACGAAAAGACAAUUUUAAAGGCUAUCUUUUAAGGCUAUAAGAAUUGAUUGAUUCAAUACUUCUCCUGCCAAACCAGAGAAAGUUUCUUCAAAAUAUCUCAAUCAACCUCAAGAAAAAAUAACUUAUUCUUCAUUGAUUUGCAAAUACAACAGUCAGUUUCAAAUGUGUACACUUUUUCUUUUAUGCUUGCUGGUUGGUGAGUAAUAAUGUGGAUCAUGAAAGUCAUUUCUGGUGAAAUAUAAAACAUGAAAGCAAAGGCAAAAAAUAGUUUGAAAUUGUUUUAAAACUGCCACUUCAUAACUAUUAAAAAUUAUGAAAUAACUUUUUCUGCAUGAAAGACUGCAGAAAUUUGCACAUGUAUUUCUUUCAUGUUUCACAAAGGUUGAGAAGAAAAUAUUGGGACUAUGUAUGUAAGGAACUGUGC